AUGAACUCUAUCAAAAAACUAGCACCUUUAAAAGUCUCCCAAGAUUUUAACAAACCUAAAGUUAACCGUAAAUCAGUUCCAAGAAGCUCUACUUUCCUGAUCUCUCCGAUCACUCGCAAGAUCAAGAAGGUACAAAAGGUGAAGCAUAAAAGCAAUAACAGUGACAUUGACUUUAAGCAAUUUCAGAAAUCUGCCCAGCAGGUAUCAAAAAGAAGAUCUAUGGCUCUCCUUCCGAUCAACGAUGUCAAAGUUGUGAACAAAGGUACAAUGCCGGAAGGAGAUCACUUCCAUAAACAACACUAUAAAGUAAAUAUCAGCAUCGAAACUGAAGAUAUGAACCCACAUGAAGACUCUGAAGAGGGAGAGAAGCAAGCUCAGGACAGAACUAUGCAACUCUUCUACAAAGAGGUCCAGAGAAAAGUCAGAGAAAAAGAAUGGGCCAAAAAGCAUCUUGAAUUUUUGAAAAACAAGAGGGAAAACUCUAAGUACAAUACUAAUGACAUCAAUUCCCAGAUUCAGAUGUACAGAGAGAUCUUACAGCAUCCAAAGAAUCUCGGCAAGAUAAAAAAAUAAAAUGAAGAUCCCUAAAAUUAACCAACAGAAGCUUAAAAAACCAAGGAAUACUCAGUCAAUGCCAGAUCUAACAAAGGUGAUUCAGAAGCGUUCAUUUUUACCAAAAGUGUCGAAUGCUAAUAUGAAAUCCAAAAGAGGGUCGUUUCAGAUGUCUAUGCCAACUCAGCGGAGCCAGUUAAGUGACCCUGAUAUGUCGCUUCAACCUCCAGAUGAAGAACCAGAGUUCAUGAAUUGCUCUUCUUUGAGAGGAGGCUUAAACCCUGAUUCUAUAAAAUAUUUCAAAGAAUCAUAUCCCACUAAAUCUAAAUAAAAAGGAUAAUGAAGACUGGAGUAAAGCAAGGUACAACAUCCAUGUCCUUCCCUUCAGAUUUGAGAUGAAAAAGCGGCCUCUUGAAACAUCAGCUACACGUCUUCAAAAGUCUGACUGGGAAAAGGCCAAAAAGAAGAAGAACAAGUACAUUGAAAAGAUCCUAGAAAUCCGUAAGAAACCUCGUAGAGGACUAAAUGACCUGAAAGAGAACCAACUUAUGCUGGAAAAAGUGAUGUACGACCGGAGCCAAAGAAGACUAAGUUAACUUUAAUAACGCAUUUCGAGAUGUACAAAUCCGGUUUUUGGUAAACAAGUGGGCUGAACAUCAAAUUAACACAUUAGUACUAGGCUUGUUGGCUUGGAGUAUUUUGGAAUAUAUCUCUGUUUUGGUGGUUUAUGGUUAAAUCUCUCAUUAGCAAAAUUUCAGAGACUGCUUAUUUACUCUGAGAUGGAUCUUUG